UAAAAGCAAACAUGUCCACCUUGCAGAUUACACCUAAUAUCUGCCUAUCACAUGCCAUUGUUUCCAAUGGAUACCAGCAUUGUACUAAAUUCAUUAAAGGCACUGUCUCUCACCCUGUGAUUAUAUAUUCAUCCCAUUUCCAUAGCCUCAUAUUCAGCAUAACAACUGCAUUCAGAAAUUCAGAGUUUCAAUACCUAAAUCUUCCCUCUUUUUCCUUUCAUCUCAGAGUCUCUCCUAUUAACCUUAGAGUAAAGCAAGAUGGUCAGUGCUAAGAAGCUUAUUCAGUUAGCAAGGAAAUGGCAAAAAAUGGUUGCAAUCAGGAGAAAAAGGAUCACAUUACCAAGUUCCACCUUGGACAGUGACACAAACAGUAGCAGCACAUCGACAGUGGUUGAGAAGGGCCACUUUGUUGUAUACAGUGCAGAUCAGAAGCGCUUUGUUCUUCCUUUGGAGUAUCUCAAGAAUGAAAUAGUCACGGAACUAUUCAACUUGGCAGAAGAAAAGUUUGGUCUACCAGGCAAUGGACUUCUCAUCUUGCCAUGUGAUGCAACCUUUAUGGAAUAUGUAAUAGCUUUGAUCAAAAGGAAACCAAGUAAAGAUGUGGAGAAAGCCUUGAUCUUGUCUGUAGCCAGUAGUCGUUGCUCCUCAUCAAAUCUUUAUCAGCAUGAAACGAGCCAACAGUUGCCAAUAUGGAGCUUCUGAAGCAAUUUUUCUUUUCUUUUCACAUCUUGUAAUUUAUCCACACCUUUGUAGAUUAAAGUAUACAAUGCAAAACAUCAGAAUUUUUGUUUA